ACAUCCUCACAGCUUCAGCUCCGAGGUGCUCGAACCUCACGGUUUCUGCUUCACUCUCAGCCGAACCGCGACCGGAACCAUGGAGGGAUUCUCCUGGAAACUUUUUCUACUUUCUUGCCUGGCGGCCGCGCAGAGCUCCGCGCAAGACUUCGGACAGACGCAGUUUAUUUGCACGUCGGUGCCCAAGGAUAUGGACCUGUGCACGGCCACCAUGCAGAACAGCGGGCCGGCGGAAGACCUGAAGACCACCAUCAUCCAGCUGCGGGAGACGGUGCUGCAGCAGAAGGAGACCAUCGUGAACCAGAAGGAGACAAUCAGGGAACUAACGUCCAAGUUGAGCCGCUGCGAGAGUCAGAGUCUCCCGGCGGCGGCGGGACCCGGCGGGAGGCGGCCGGGGGGGAAGAACACCAUGGGGGAUGUAUCUCGGGGCACCACGGACACUCUGGCUCAGCUGGGACAGACUUUACAGACGCUCAAACAGAGACUGGAGAACCUGGAGCAGUACAGCAGAGGGAAUAACACCGUGCAAGCCAACAGCCUCAAAGACCUGCUGCAGAACAAGAUAGACGACAUGGAGAAGCAGGUUCUGUCCCGCGUCAACACGUUAGAGGAGAGCAAACCGGGAUCCAGGAACGACACCGAGCAGCGGAACAGAGUCGAGUCCACGCUCACCUCUCUGCACCACCGGAUCACAGAUCUGGAGAAAGGUAAAGACACGAGGCCAACCGACAAGUUCCAGCUCACCUUCCCCCUGAGAACCAACUACAUGUACGCCAAAGCCAAGAGGACCCUCCCUGAGAUGUACUCCUUCAGCGUCUGCCUGUGGAUCAAGUCCAACGCCUCUCCGGGGGUCGGGACGCCCUUUUCUUACGCCGUCCCGGGUCAGAGCAACGAGCUGGUGCUGAUCGAGUGGGGCAACAACCCCAUGGAGAUCCUCAUCAACGACAAGGUUGCAAAGCUGCCCUUCCUCAUCAACGACGGGAAGUGGCAUCACCUGUGCAUCACGUGGACGACCCGUGACGGGAUGUGGGAGGCCUUCCAGGACGGAGUGAUGCGAGGUAGUGGGGAAAACCUGGCGCCCUACCAUCCCAUCAAACCGGAGGGAGUUCUGGUCCUCGGACAAGAGCAGGACACGCUGGGAGGAGGCUUUGACGCCACGCAAGCCUUCGUCGGUGAGCUGGCAAACCUAAAUAUCUGGAAUAGGAAACUUUCUAUCGCCGAGAUCUACAACUUGGCCACCUGCAACAGCAAAGCGCCGGCUGGCAACGUCUUCUCCUGGACAGAGAGCAGCAUCGAAAUAUUCGGCGGCGCCACCAAAUGGACCUUCGAGCCUUGCCGUUCGCUCAACUGAACUGCAUCUCCAAGGCCUCCCUGUAUUUCUGAGCUUUUCGUCGUUUCUUGUCUUCAUUUUGACGUUUGUUAGAGACUUAUUGGUAAGCUUAAAAUCUGGGAUUUCUAUUAGGUAUUCAUGUGCAAAAACAACACUUUUCAUCAAAAAAAAAAUGUAACUCAUCUUGGAAAACCUCAGUGAGAAAGUAUCUGAUGGUUCCUUUUCUUGAACUGAGAGCACACCUGAGCUUUUUAGGGUUUUUUUUUUUUGCUUUUUCGUCUUGGACUUGGCAGCUGGCAAUCUGCACCGCCUUACAUUUGGACAAAUCACAAUCCAAGUGAGGAAUUACAUAACCAACCCCCAUCCUCCUGUGGAGAUUACGCUGUCCGUCCAGUUCUUGUCAGUGUUUGGCGCCGUGAAGUGAUGUCUGACGCGGUACAGCAGCUCCCAUCUACUUUCCCUUCACUUGGCGUCCCACCACCCAAACCUUCCCUCCGGAUUUUGCACUGUGACCGACGAAGAAGAAGAAGAAGAGGAAAAAAAAAAAAACGCCGGGAGGAGGAGGCGGGUGCGCUGAAGGACGCUGCAAAGUCAAACAUGUGGCUCGAGUCAAUUCGUAAAUCAUUGUUCGCUUCAAGUGUUUCUGUAAAAGAAUGUCGUUAACUUUGCCAACAUUGCUACGAAAGCCUGGGUGCCUUGGGCUGGUACAAAUAUUCAGCACAUUUCAGUAUGUUUUCAGUUGCAAAUUCAGUGUUUCUGUUGUUUCUUUUUACCUUUUUUUUCUGAACUGGGUUGAGUUUUCUUGUUCCUCUGGUUAAGUGUACUUUUAAUUCCAGUUUGUUAUCUGACAUGACGUGUUUUUGGCAGGUGUUUGUACUACUCUGUAUUAGGAAUGUUACAGUAUCUGUAUAGUAACAGCAUGAAUGACAGAGUGCUGUGGAAGCAUUGUUGAAAUCUGCUUUACUAUCUUCUCUGGGUCUGGGUUUUUUACUGUAUUGUUAUAUGCUCCAAGCAUGGCAAAACUGAGAGAUGAAGAAUUUAAUUUUUGUAAUAAAAUUGUGAUACUUAA